CAAGGAAGUAGAAUCGUGUAACUUUUUGUCUAGUGUCAUAAGGGCCCAAAUUGUUCCACAACCUAAGCCUUACCACUUAUAACGUCACAUACGGACCAUGAACAGCAAGGGUUCAUAUCCACAACAGCCUGUGUAUCCUCAGCAGAGCACAGCACCCAUGUACCCCCCAGCUAUGCAGGUCCCUCCCCCAGUGCCCCCCUACUCUGAUGCCCCACCUGCAUACUCUGAGCAGGUUUAUCAGCCAAGGUUCAUGCACCCUCCCCAGGCUCCCGGGCAGGUGCCCCCCAUGUCGUCCGCUUACCCAGGCACGCAGAUGUACAUGGCCAUGCCACAGACGGUGCCUGUUGCCCCAGUGGGUCCUAAUGUUCCCAUGGCAUAUUACCCCGUGGGACCAGUUUACCCACCUGGCUCAACAGUGGUAGUGGACGGAGCUUUUGAUGCUGGUGCCCGGUUUGGAACUGGCAGCACUACCUCCAUCCCUCCUCCUCCUCCUGGAUGCCUUCCCAAUGCAGCUCAACUGGCAGCAAUGCAGGGGGCUAACGUUGUGAUGUCACAGCGCAAGAGCAACUUCUUCAUGGGAGGCUCCGGUGGGGGUUAUACCAUAUGGUAACAAAGAAUGCCUCCUCCCAAAAAUCCUAGGCCUGAUCCCUCCUUUUCUCCUCCGUCACCCAAACUCCUUCCAAACUCUCUCCGCGCAUUCUUUCUUUCCCGUGGCAAAGCUUGGCGGUGCCACGAUGUCGACUUCACCUAACAGAAUGUAAUAUUGUAGAGCCCAAAGCAAGGUACAGUACUCAGCUACUGAUGUGCUCCUGGUUAAAAGAACUGUGAGUUUGGAAGUCUAGCGCUCUGGCUUUAGUGUCAGGCCAAUGGUGGAGAGUUCUGCUACCUCGAGAGGGGGACACUUUAAUGAAAAGAAAGCACAGAGCAUUUUUUGGUAAAAUAUUAUAAAAUAUAUUUCCAGGUGACAUUUGAACAUUUGUUUUCUGCUGGUAAAGUGAUGCUCAUGCAAGGUCCUCUUGCUUUGUCAAUGUUAAUUUUCCACAGAGCAGUGGACUGGUGCCACAGAACACCAGUGCCCGUUUGAGAAAACAGUACCUUUUAGCAGUUGACUUGUGUGCAUGCGAGCCAUCAGGCAAAUGUUUGCGUGUCUUCCUUCAUGAGAAGUGCUUUAACCUAAGCCACACUAUGCACUCCUCAGUCCCUUGGCAUUUUCCCUCUUUGUUUGACCUCCAUGCCAAGUCAACAUACCACAGGUAUUUUCUCUGGAGAUUCUGCAUUGCUUACAUGAGAAAGUCCUUGGUAAAACGUGGGUUGUUGUCUUACCUAACCUAGUAUGGAGGAAUGUGAAUUUGGUGAAAUAGUCACAGACAGACGAGAGUGAAGUGUUAGUAGAGUCAAUCAUGGCAGAGCACUGUACCUUAAGGGCAAUAUCAAUGUAAUUAAGUGCCAAAGUCUUAUAGGCACCAUUAGUUUAAAAAAAAAAAAAAAAACAAAAUAAGAAAUUUAUAUAUGAAUGAAAUUUAAGGCAGUUGCAAACUCAUUCUUUGUUUGGAAAAAAGUUAGUUGGUGUUUCAGCAGUUUUGUUGUUCUAAUCCCCUGUCUUGUUGGAUACCCAGAGCUGUACAUAGAAUUGCGUUAGAUUUUUUUUUUUUUUUUUAAGUUGAGUGGAGCAUCAGUGCUCCUUCAAACAAGUCUGCUGACCUUUCUUUUCUCCUAUCUGAUUUGUUCUCUGUGCUAGAAUUGUUUACAAAGAUCAGGGGUUUGUCAAAAUAAGGUUCUUCUUUUUUUUCAGUGUUCUGAACUUUCAAGCAACUAAUCCCCCCCCCACCCCCCCACCUUUUUUUUUUUAGGUGAUCACAUUAAAUGUAUAACCAAGGAGAUGGUUGUACCAAAGAUCUGGAAUAGAAUGCACUAAAAUGCUUUUGCUGUGACUUGAAAGUCAUCUCUCAUAUUAAAUCUGCACAUAUGUUUAAAAAAAUAGAAUAAAUGAAUGAAACAUAUCAAAUUUAGGGGACAGUGAUUGUUAAGUGGGCUGUCAGUGCCCAGUCCCGGUCACCACUGCUCUGACUGUCUUUUAUAGUGGUGUGUGCUUAAACAAAAUGUAUCUAAUAAGAUUGCAUCUUGAUGGUUUUGCAUGCUUUUUGCACUUUUAUUCAAUACAAUUUUGUUUUUAAUAAAGAUUUAUCAUUGGUAACUUUU